CCCAUCUCUCCUGCAAAAUCUGUAAACUACAGAUAGGGGAGAAGAAGAUAAUAGUAAGAGUUAAAGCAGCCAUUGUUAUGGAGAAACUUAUCUAUUCAACAACACCAUUUCCUUCUAAACUCCACUUAAGGCAAAGGCAGCCCUCUCAUUCUCUUCUUCCCACUAGAAUUCGCCAUGUUGAUUUUAAACUCCCUUCGCGUCGUGUCAAUUCACUCUCAUUCAAGUGCCUCAGUGAUUCAUCUUCAUCUAAAACCCAAAAUGGGUGUGAGAAAAACCCGUUUGCAUUUCCGGGUUUUGCAUAUGGAUCCGGGUCUGACAAGACCCAUUUUCUCAAGCAGAUUGCUGAAAAGAUAUCUCACCAAAACAAGGUCCUUUCUGCAAGCACCAUAGUUCUUGUGUCAGCCGUGUUUCUUAUGCUCAUCCAUCCGGUCAUUGUUUCACCAGCUUUUGCUAGUUUUGCUAAUGCUGGAGGGCCGGCUGCAGCAGCACUGGGGAGUCGGUUUGUUCGUAAUGAACUACUAAGCAGUGCAUGGACUGGUUUCUUUGCUGGUUGCCUACACACCCUAUCAGGUCCUGACCAUCUUGCUGCUUUGGCUCCUUUAUCAAUAGGCCGCACAAGGAUGGAGAGUGCAGCAGUGGGAGCCCUCUGGGGCUGUGGUCAUGAUGCUGGACAGUUGAUUUUUGGCCUGUUGUUUCUGCUCUUAAAGGACCGACUCCACAUUGAAGUUAUUCGUACAUGGGGAACAAGGGUAGUAGGCUUCACCCUUCUUGUUAUUGGAGCAAUGGGAAUUAAGGAAGCGUCUGAAGUUCAUUCAGCCUUUGCCCUGGAAAAUGGUGAAGGCAUUGAUACUCCAGUUAUCGGGAAGAAAAAGAAAGUGGGAGUUGCAACUUUUGCGACUGGCAUUGUCCACGGGCUACAACCUGAUGCACUGUUGAUUAUCCUUCCGGCGCUUGCUUUGCCUUCUCGGUUGGCUGGUGCAGCCUUCUUGGGUAUGUUUUUGGUUGGAACUGUUAUGGCGAUGGGAAGCUAUACUGUGUUUAUAGGCUCAUGUAGUCAAGCAUUGAAGGAUAGGAUUCCUAGAAUUACAGAGAAGCUUACUUGGGCUUCUUCCCUUAUUGCAAUUGGUUUAGGUCUUGCUAUUAUCAUCAGCCAAUUUUUUGGUUUUAGCUUGUAUUAAUUGGAAUCUGGCCUUUCAUUUGUUUAUCUUCAAUAUUAGUUGAUGUAUUUUUAUGAGGAUAUGUCUUUUUGAGUGAAGAUUCAUCUUAAUGAGCAGUAGCCAUUUUUGCUAUGAA